AUGGCAGAGCUCGUCCCCGCCGGAGUUCUCGGUACUAUUACAUACCAUAUCAUCACUCUCGCCAUCGAAACUGGCCAGGCCAACGAUGAGGUUCGUCGCAGCCUUGAGUUGGUCCGCACCUGUGAUCGAGACCUCCAGCACUUGAUCAGUUUGCGCGAUGAGCAUCUGGACAUCUUGGAACGGAAACCGAUCGAAUUUGAGCGUAUCAACUUGAUCAUCGAGGAUGCCCACAAAGGUCUCCUUGAGGUAGGAAGGAUCGUCGAAAAGUGCAGGCCAGAGGCAAACAGGGGCAAGCUGCCAUUCGGAAAGCGAGGACGAUGGGUUUUGUUCGAUUCGAAGCAAUUCAACAGCCAGGUCCCAGUAAUUAACGGCCAUCAUCAAGCAGUACUGACUGAGAUCACCUUUCUCCGGCAAAUUGCCCUUCAUAUCCCGACUCCGGUGCAAGAUCAAGUGGUACACGCAGGCGCCAACUUGGCUCAGCGAAAGCGAGUUGCUAUCGACAACGUCAACCUCUUGGGCAGUCUCAUGGGAAGAAAGCUAGCUACGAGACAUUCGAUGUCAGCACCUCAGGCCUCCCCAGUUGACUCUGCUGUCGAUCCUCACAAUUCACAAUCAACUCCGCCCUCUCUACCACCCAAGCCCCCUUCUUAUCAAAGCCCCAAUUUCGUUGCAACUUCUUUCGCAAAGCAUAUCAGCCUCGCCGAUAUCCAGGCAAGCAGAGGGAGCGCGAGUACGAUGUACGACCCUUUUCCGCCUACUUCCUAUACGCAACCACCAGGCUUCAGUGCUGUGCCGCCCCAGUUUGUGCAGGAACAACUUUCUACAGGCGCGACACCGGCACAGUACAGGUCGCCCUCGCCGUUCUCAUUUUCUGGGCCGCAGUCUCAGUAUCAAGGGAGCCCUGCAUACCCCUCGAAUAUUCCCAGUCAGCCUACUCCAGCCCCCUCAUAUCGCUCAACACAAACCCAAUGGAGCAACGGACAAGCCUACCUGCGAGGGAACACGGCGGAACUUACCGAGGGAGGAGUGAGGCCAGGAGACACUAGGCAGGCGAGGGACCUUAGGGAUCUAGACUGGGAGUCGCAGCCUGCAAGCGAGGCAAACACCACAAGGGAGAUGCCGCGUUCAGACUUAGGUCGACGGAACAUCAGUGCUCAAGCCACGUCUACAGCCUCUUUUCAGAACUGGGGUGAUUGGAAUCGUUAUUGA